AUGAGUACACUCAGUUCAUUGACAGCACCGCUCCUCCUUCGCCAGAGAUGCAGGGAAAAUGCGAAUGCGGUGACUGACGAUAGGGAAAGGGAUGACACAUCUGCUUCCAUCGUUCUUUACUCGUUUCCCGAGGACUUUAUAAGCUGUAUGUGUGGCAACGCCCCGCAAUCGUGUGGAUUUGACCGAAUAUCAAGGAUAGGGGAUUCAGUAUUGGACACACAGGCAAGCGACAUUGCAUCUUCUCCGCUUCGUCUCCCACAUGAAUGGACGUUCGCAUCUUCUCCUUUUCCAGACACUGCGAUGGGUUGGCAUGCCGUUAGAACGAAUCGUCUUGACUAUGUUUUGCAGAUGUGGAGCCAAAUGACUGCACAUCUUCUCUCUCCCAGCAUGAAUAAAGGAAUGGGUGUCAGUUUUUUUCCAGCACGACUUCCAAAUUGUAUUGUGCCUUGUUUGAAUGACCACAGCUGCAACAGCACUUAUCAUGAGGUGCGUGCACACAUUCCGAUUCACCUUGUUCAUUCGCCUUUUCUGGACGAUGGCGGUGUUGGAAAUAAUGUAGAGGAUCUUGAUACACUGAUGAAGUUUUCAACCUCUCGCCUUAUGUAUUCACGGCGACUUCGCUCGCUUAUUCACGAUGGAGUCAUGAGUUUUAUGUCGGUUUCCGUGCGUUGUGUUCCGACUUUAACCCGUGAUGAACUCCUGCAAGCCGAAAGCACCGGCACAUUUGUUGGAGACGGCAGUAAAGAUGAAGACACGUUGGACUGCACAUGCAGCUGCAGAACGAUGAAUUUUAAACCUAUUCAUCAUCUUCUGCUGCCACCAUGUACUGCAUUAGAACCGCCCACACCCAUUGUGCUUACCCUGAGGAUUGAAAACUAUGACAAGCCUCUUGAAGCUGACAAGGAGGAUGAAAGCAAAACAUCCACAGGAGAAGGUGUAAGAGAAGAAGAAGUUAAACUUUCAAUCCAUGCGGUUGUCCGUGUCACACGUACCCGUGCCGGUGAUGCGCUGCGUUGGAAGCCAGAGAUGUUGGCGUUUGAGUCUCUGACAUCUCUCUUUCCUAUGCGGUUUGCUGUCUUGGGUGCAAGUGCCAUAGAGGUGGGCGAGAUUGGUGUGGAUGGCCGUGUCCCCGCCUGGGUUCAACGCACUGGUUUGGAGGUGUUUAGGGCGUGGCAGCAGCUGCGGGACACUUGGGACCGAUUGCCGCCAUCACCAAAGCCCCUCCCACCUCGAAUUUUAACCGCAACGCCAUCCGGCAGUGUGAAGACACAACAUGAUCCCUACGGCGUGCUGACGCAGAGCCCAACCUCUCACGAGUCUCACACUAUGGGGAGUCGGAACCCUGAGAGCAUGGAGGAGGGGGAAGAAAAUCGUAGCGUGAGUGGGGAUCUUGAAUGCAAUGGCAGCAAUCUUUUUCUGCAUAAAAUGGACAGAGUUCUUGAUCCCUUGACGGAAUCGCCAGAAACGACUGGUGUGGAGGUGGCAGGGACGUCAGUGGUAGGGGAGGAGGAGGAGGGAGAAGAAGAAUUAGUCAUGGAUGAGACAAAGCACGCUAUUUUGUCGCUGGCGCAAGAUCUUUCAGAAUGUAGACGACGGGGCACAGAGACGCUGCAGGCAGUUCAGUGCCAGUUAUUCUCUCUUUUGUCUCCGCUUGCCUCCGAGAAGCAGAUAACAUCAUGUCGCAGGAAAAAUCGGGGAACCAAAUACGGGAAUGAGAAGGAAACAGGAGCUUUGAAUUUUUUCUGUUUAUUUUUUGGAACAAUUGCGGAGGCCGAGAACGGGGAUGAAAUACUGCAGCAAGCCAUAACAACAUUGUCAAAUCGUUGCCAUGGCCCCAAUAACACUUACGCCACGUUUGACGAGUGCGUCAAGGACGCGGCAGAGAUGAUCCAAGAACUGGAAAGCCGCUUGCGUGCCGAGCCCUUUGUGAUUAUGAGCGUGCGUCAGCAUCAUAGCAAGAACAGUAUAAAUGGAGGUGCGGCCGCAAAAAAUGGGCGGAAACGAAAGGACGGCGUCUCCCUCUUCGCAGCCGCAGCGAAAUGCCUGGCUACGGGAAAUAACAGGCCCUCCGGAGCGGCGUGUAAAAGAUCAUUUGGUAAGAGCAACGGGGAAAGCGAUGACGCCGUCACUGUCUUGCGAUUUUCCUCGUCAGCCAUUGUAGGGGCACGCCAGGCCAUAGGGGACACGCUAGAGAAGUUGCGGAUGGCGGUCGCAUGGGGGCGUCAACGGGUGAUGGACAUAAACUUCAUCUUCAAAGUAUGUCAAGAGGUCAUUGUCCCCUGUGUGGAGGCCCACACAGCCCUCGCGAAGGCGGAGCAGAAGGAGCGCGCACAGUUGCAGACGGAUCACCUGCUGUGCUUGGCGAUCGCCCGGGAGGCAAUUAGCGCAGUGCACAAUGCGACCGGCAGGGAGGGGGAAAAGGUGGUGAUAGUGGGAGAGGAAAAAACGGAAGAGGGGGAAGAAAAGAAAAAGACGCUCGAGGAUGCAGCUGGGGCUCGGGCUUUAAACGGUGCGAUUAGGACAUGUAAUGAGGAUACUCCCGGGGUGGUAACUGCAGGGUUUGAAAAACAGGAUGAGGAGGUGAAAACGGGACGGAAUGAAUGUACGGAUGGGUUGAAGCAGACAUCGGCGACGGACGCAGCACGUCCCGCCAGCUUUGCUGACCCGUCCGUAGCGAUAGCGGCAACAACAAAGAAAAGACGCAAAAACGGUGCCACAUCGAAUCCUAACCCGCGCCCACAAUUGACGGGUUUGCGGGUGCCGGCACCAGUGGUUAAUACGCCGCUGAAGAAACGCAAAAAUGACGGCAAUAGCGGCGUCAAGAAGUCUUUUUUUUCUCCAAAGGAGGCGGCAAUACAGAUGGGGGUUUUGAACCUGGCCUUUUCUGUUUUCCUUUUCUUAUGCGUGUUAGGCGCGAUGGCCUUUUUUUUCCCAUGA